UUGGUUUGAUACUACCUGCUCUCCUAACUUCCUUCCUUUUCUCCGUACUAGGUAUAGCAGUAUAGCGAAGGGUAUGUCUCAAAUUCCUUUAAGAUUCAUGCAAGCCUGUCAGAAACCCCAUGUUCUUCAAAGUGGAUUAGGCUGUGUAAGCAAGCAAUGUUUCUGUGCUAAUGUGACUUUGACCUAUCUUUGCUUUUUCUGCGCCGUUCUCGGUCUGAGCCAUGGGAGUUGAAGAUGAGUGCUACUGCACAGAUCUAAAGUCAUUUUGCCUGGACUUCAUUUGUGAAAUGCUUUCAUUGAGGCACUGGGGCUCUCUCCUGAGGUUCUUUUGCAUAAACAGCAGACUUAACAUCUGCGUUUCCUCCACAGACAGAAUUCUGCUAAACCUCUUCAGGUCUGAGACCCUUUGCAACACCCACCCCCAGCUAUGUUUAUUGUAUAAGUAAGGGGGGAAGGGCCAUCAGAUCACAAGCGUAUGUGCCUCUUUCAAAAGGUUCACAAAGAAUCUUUCACCUGGCAGGGGAGAAGUAGGCUGGGUGAAUAAGAUGCUCUUUAGUUUUGGAUGUGAUAGCACAUUAAACCGCUGGCAACUCCUAUGUACUCAGAGACUGAAAAGGGCUGCUUUGUUACAUCCUUACAUCUUGUAAGUAAAAAUCUUGUAAAGAAGUAAACAUCUUGUGUUCACUAGGCACAAAAUCUGAUUUGGAAUAUGACCAUUUUUAAGAACUGUUCUCCCACCAAGUGGAUUGGUGGAAUUCCAAGAAGUAACUACAAAUACUCUGAUAUUAUGCUGCUGUGGUGUUGAAUUGAUGUGGAGAGGUUACAUCCCUGCUAUAUUUUCUCUAAGGAAGACGAGGCCUUUUGCCAUGGAAGCUGAAGAAACGAUGGAAUGUAUCCAGGAAUUCCCUGAACACUAUAAAGUUAUUCUGGAUAGACUAAAUGAGCAACGUGAGCAGGACCAGUUUACAGAUAUCACUCUGAUUGUCGAUGGUCACCAUUUCAAAGCUCAUAAGGCUGUUCUUGCUGCCUGUAGCCAAUUCUUCUACAAAUUCUUCCAAGAUUUCACCCAGGAGCCCUUGGUGGAGAUCGAAGGUGUAAGUAACAUGGCAUUUCGUCACCUAAUUGAGUUCACCUAUACAGCAAAACUAAUGGUCCAAGGUGAGGAAGAAGCAAAUGAUGUUUGGAAAGCAGCUGAGUAUCUACAAAUGUUAGAAGCGAUCAAAGCACUUGAAACCAGGAACAAAGAAAAUUCAUCACCCUUGGAAUCAAAUCAAGAAGAAGGUAAAAAUAAACCAAAAAAAAGGAAAAUAGCUGAAACCUCUAAUGUUAUCACAGAAACACUGCCAUCUGCAGAAUCAGAGCCUGUUGAAAUUGAGGUUGAGAUUGCUGAAGGAACAAUUGAAGUAGAAGAUGACAGCAUUGAAACACUUGAAGAAGUAGCUUCUGCAGAGCAAUCCAUAAAGUACAUACAGACAACAGAUACAUCAGAUGAAUCUGCUUUGGCUCUUUUGGCAGAUAUCACCAGCAAGUAUCGUCAGGGAGAGAGAAAAUGCCAGAUCCAAGAAGAAGGUGAUAGUGCAACUGAUCCCUCGUGCAAACAGGUAGAAGGUAUUGAAAUUGUGGAACUUCAGCUGUCACACGUGAACAAUUUCUUCCACUGUGAGAAAUGUAACCGUUCGUUUAAAUUGUUUUACCAUUUUAAGGAACACAUGAAAACACACUCUACUGAGAGUUACAAGUGUGACAUAUGCAAUAAAAGGUACCUACGAGAGAGUGCUUUGAAACAGCACCUCACCUGUUACCACCUUGAUGAAGGUGGUGCCGGCAAGAAGCAAAGACCUGGGAAGAAAAUACAUACAUGCCAGUACUGUAAUAAGCAAUUCGACCACUUUGGACAUUUUAAAGAGCACCUCCGGAAGCACACAGGUGAAAAACCAUUUGAAUGUCCAAACUGCCAUGAACGUUUUGCCAGGAAUAGCACGCUUAAAUGUCACCUGACGGCUUGUCAGUCUGGAGCUGGAGCUAAAAAGGGAAGAAAGAAGCUGUAUGAAUGCCAGGUUUGUAACAGCGUGUUUAACAGCUGGGAUCAAUUCAAAGAUCACUUGGUAAUACACACUGGUGACAAACCCAACCACUGUACCUUAUGUGAUUUGUGGUUUAUGCAAGGCAGUGAGCUGAGAAGGCAUCUCAAAGAAAUGCACAAUAUUGCAGAACGAAUAGUGACAGAAGAGGUUCUACCAGUGGAAGCUGAACCAGUAACGUCAAUGACUAUAAUAGAACAAGUGGAACAAGUCCAUGUCCUACCAGUAAUUCAGGUACAAGUGGAUCCUGCACAGGUCACUGUGGAACAGAUGCACCAGGAUCUCAUACAGGACAAUCAAGUGAAAGGCACACAGAUGGAUGAACUGCAAGAACAAGUGCAAAUUAGUUACUUGGAAGUUGAACACAUUGAAACUGAACAAGGUGCUGAAGUUCAUGUGGAGCAGUUACAAGUUGAGCAUGUAAAUCAAAUACAGAUGGAAGAAGUACAGGCAGAACUUAUAGAUGGAACAGAUCUUGAACAAGUGGAAUAUGAAAGUGUUGAUCAAAGAGAAGCAGAAGAAAAGGAACAUAAUCAAGUAGAGGAUGCAGAUAAGGAAGAUCACGAACAAGCUGAAGACUUAAAAACUCAACAGUUAGUGGACACACAGAAUUACAAGGUGCAUGACUAGGACAGAUAACCACACUGUGGGUUUAGGAAUGAAAUACCAAAUUAUUUUUGUUAACUUUUACAUUGUUUUUUGAACUGUUGGUGGUCACCUUUCCAAUAUGCUGUCCUUAGGAAGCUGGACAAGUGGACCAAAAUUAGCUUUCUUCAUGUACUACUAAACUUUUCUCAUGUGGAAAAGAACUUUUCCAUUCAUGUAAUACCAUGAAACAGAAACUGCCACAGACAUGGACAGCUUUGUGAGGAUUUUAAUAAUGAAUAGCUUGUGUCAUUGUUACAGCAUCCUUGCGUAAGAAAAGAAAAAGAGUAACUUUUCCUCUUGCCAUUGAAGCAAAGUCUUGUUAUAGAUUUGCAGGGUGUCUGUGGCAGAAGAAUCAGUAAAAUCUGGUGGGUUCUGUUUUAAUUGGCAAUUGGAUACCUGUGAAUUUUUGGAUCAGACUGACUGCUGGUUCCUGACAGUGGUCCCUAACUUUGAGGCUGGGGAAAAAAACAUUGUUGCUGGAGGUCUCUGAGCACAAAAAUUCUGUGCCUGUUCAACACAGACUGGUCAAAUUUCCACAAAGUUCCUAGACUAUCCAACAACCUAGCUGAGUAAAAGGCAAUGUAGGUUAUGUUAUAGCGCUUUAUAUUUUUGCUUAAUAUUGUCAGCUGCUGAUUAUUUUUUUUUUUUGCGUUAAAUUUAGUGGCAGGGAGCUGAGGGAAGAAACCAAUUCCACAUUGAGUCAGCUUGACACUCUAAAAGGGACAUAUUGAAAUAGGAAAAGCUCAGUAGAAUCUAUGGUAAACAUGAGCUGAAAGAAAGCUACCAGAAAAGUCUUUAUUUUAUAAAUCAUCCUUUUUAAAAAUGAAUAUGUUUAAACAUAAAUAUAUAGGAGACUUGUCUAUAUGGUAUCAGGUUCCUGGUUUUUUGAAAUGGAAUUCUGACACUUGACACAAAGAUAUGCUAAACAUAAAAGUAAAAGCCAUAGGUAUGAGUGCUAAACUGUGGAUUGAAAAGUAGGAAUGUAAAUAAUUUAAUCAAUAUUGGACAAUAAAACAAUACCAACCAUGAAAAGUUGCAUUAUUUGUUUCGUCCAAUAAAUUAGGAGCAGCUGAGUGACUGGCAGUUACAGUGCCAGCUCCCAGUGGUAAGAAUCAAUCUCAUUUUUAAUAAGAUUACUCUUUACUGUAAAGUUAGAUUCAUUUAGGAAAUAAUUGUCUAUCUCUAUGUUCAAGGAUGCUAAGAACUUCUAAUUCUUAGUUAUUGUCCUGAGAUUAGAGGUGCUCCAUAUUUCUGAAAAAUUUUCUUUUCAAAGCCUUAAUUGAAGGGAGGAAAUUUUGCAAGGACGUUCCCUAAUACGGCUGUUAGUCAUGUAGAUAUUGGUUAAAAUCAGGCUUUUCUCUUCAAUCUUCACCAAAUGCAGGGUUGUUUCCUGGGAUUUGUGCUUUAAUUUAGUCUCAUUCAAAAUGAAUCUUGCGUUUCGUCGUAGCCUUUCAGAAAAUGUUGCAAAACAAACAUGGAGCUCAAUUAAAAUUUCAAACAAUU